UCUCAUAUGUCUCCAUCGAAACGGAAACGAAGAAACUUCAAUGGCCUCCUCAAAAAAGCAGCAACACAUACAAAAACUAAUCCACAAAAAGAAAAAAGAAAACUCAAAGACCCCUUCCUUUGCUUCACUUUAUUUCCUUGUUUUUCUCUUUUACACUAUAGCAACUCCUUUUCUUUUUUUUUCUUAAUUUGAUCAAAUUAAUUAGUCCCCUUAGAAGGGUAUCCCCUUUUGUGUGGCCAGUUGGCAUGGCUUGGUGGGAGAGAAUAAAUGCAUGACUGCAGACAGCUACAGAAGCUUGCAAGGUCAUGGUCUAGGACUGUAUAAUUAUGUGCUGAGGACCAGAGAUAGCGAGAAAGACAUGGACAUGCACGUGGUUCUUCUUCAGUUGGCGGCAACUAUACAUACACCAACACCAUAUUAGAGGGAGAGACUUUUUAAAGCAGAGAGAGGGAUUAUGAAAUUGGCUCACCUGCUUCCUUUCCAGGAAAGGCGCUGUCAGGGUGAGACGACCACUAUUUCUUCACCAUUUUCAUUGCUUCACUUCCCAUGCCUCAUCAGUUUCAUUUUUUAACACAAACCCCACAAAAGCGAAGCCCCCUAGAUAUUUUUUUUUGUGCCAUAAACUAAUGGGUUCUUUUGCGUGCAAAUGUGUUCACCAAUUUAAGUGCUUUCUUUAGUUUCAGUGAUACCAGAAGUUGAAAAAUGCCACCUUUACAUAGUCACGAGUGUGCUUUUGUGUUUCUCAAAAUGAGAGCUACAAGAAUUAGUUCACGUGAAGUGGCAAGGAGACCCAGAUCCUGUUUCAAUUGGAUCCAUCAUCAAUAAUGUUAAAGGGGCAGAUCCAUUUAUGAACAUUUAUACUGUGAGCAUGAGAAGAUUGUAUCAAUUGUGUCUUUCUCAUGCUCUUUUGCUCUUAUUUUUUUUCUUCCUUGGAUUCACUGCUACUACAGUUUCACCAGCUACCGAGAAGGAGAUCUUACUACAAUUCAAGGCUAACAUCAGCAAUGACCCUUACAACAGUUUGGCUAAUUGGGUUCCAAGUGGCAAUCCUUGUGAUUACAAUGGUGUGUUCUGCAAUCCUCUUGGUUUUGUACAGAGAAUUGUUUUGUGGAACACAAGCUUAUCUGGGGUUUUGUCACCAGCAUUAUCAGGUUUGAGAUCUUUAAGAAUCUUGACAUUGUUUGGCAAUAAAUUUACAAGCAAUAUCCCACAAGAAUAUGCAGAAUUAAGCACAUUGUGGAAGAUAAAUUUGAGUUCUAAUGCCUUAUCUGGGUCAAUACCAGAAUUCAUUGGUGAUUUGCAAAAUAUUAGAUUUCUUGAUUUGUCAAGGAAUGGUUACAGUGGGGAGAUUCCAUUUGCUUUGUUCAAGUUUUGUUACAAGACCAAGUUUGUUUCCUUUUCUCAUAAUAGUCUUUCUGGUUCCAUCCCCGCUUCAAUUGCAAACUGCACUAAUCUUGAAGGGUUUGAUUUCUCUUUCAAUAAUUUUAGUGGUGAAUUGCCUUCUGGGAUUUGUGAUAUUCCUGUGUUAGAGUAUAUGUCUUUGAGGAGCAAUGUGUUAACUGGGAGCGUGCUUGAAGAGAUUUCAAAAUGCCAAAGAUUGAGUUUUUUGGAUCUUGGCAGCAAUUUGUUUACGGGGUUGGCUCCAUUUGAAAUUCUUGGAUCGCAAAACUUGAGUUACUUCAACGUAUCGCAUAAUGCGUUUCAAGGAGAGAUUCCAGCGAUGAGAACUUGCAGUGAGAGUCUGGAGUUCUUUGAUGCGUCAAGUAACAAUCUGGAUGGUGAAAUCCCUUUGGGCAUUACAAACUGCAAAAGCCUUGAAUUUAUCGACUUGGGAUUUAACAGGCUGAAUGGGAGCAUUCCAGCUGGUAUUGCAAAUUUGGAGAGGCUUUUGGUGUUUAAAUUGGGUGACAAUUCAAUACAGGGGACAAUCCCUGCAGAAUUUGGAAGCAUUGAGUGGCUUCUUCUUUUGGAUUUGCACAAUCUCAAUCUUUCUGGUGAAAUUCCCAAAGAUAUAAGUAACUGCAGGUUUCUUCGUGAGCUGGAUGUUUCUGGAAAUGCUUUAGAUGGAGAAAUUCCCAACACCCUUGACAAUAUGACUUCCCUGGAAGUCCUUGAUUUGCAUAGAAACCAUCUAGAUGGUAGCAUACCGGAGACUCUAGGAAGCCUAUCAAACCUCAAGCUUCUUGAAUUGUCACAAAAUAACCUUUCUGGGACAAUUCCAUAUUCUCUUGGAAAAUUGGCAAACUUAAAAUAUUUCAAUGUCUCCUCCAACAACCUUUCUGGUCCCAUUCCUUCAAUACCAAAAAUCCAGGCUUUCGGCACAGCUGCAUUUCUUAAUAAUUCUGGGCUCUGUGGUGUCCCUUUGGAUAUUUCUUGCUCAGGAGCUGGCAAUGGGACAGGUAAUGGAUCAAAGAAAAACAAAGUGCUCAGUAACUCUGUUAUUGUGGCGAUUGUUGCUGCUGCACUGAUCCUUACUGGGGUCUGUGUGGUAUCGAUUAUGAACAUCAGAGCACGCAGCAGGAAAAAAGACAACGUGACAACUGUUGUUGAGAGCACACCAUUGGAUUCAACAGAUUCAAAUGUUAUAAUUGGGAAGCUGGUUCUGUUCAGCAAGACUUUGCCUUCUAAGUACGAAGAUUGGGAGGCUGGAACCAAAGCUUUGCUAGACAAGGAAUGUUUAAUAGGUGGUGGAUCAAUUGGAACAGUAUACAGAACUACUUUUGAAGGUGGAGUUUCUAUUGCAGUGAAGAAGCUUGAGACCCUGGGUAGGAUCAGAAGCCAAGAUGAAUUUGAGCAAGAAAUUGGAUUGUUAGGUAAUCUUCAACAUCCCAAUUUGGUUGCAUUUCAAGGGUAUUACUGGUCUUCAACGAUGCAGUUAAUUUUGUCUGAAUUUGUUCCAAAUGGCAAUCUAUACGACAAUCUGCAUGGGCUUAAUUAUCCAGGAACCAGUACUGGUGUUGGGAAUAGAGAAUUGUACUGGUCAAGAAGGUUUCAAAUUGCUCUUGGAAUAGCGAGAGCGCUUUCUUAUCUUCACCAUGACUGUAGGCCUCCAAUUCUCCAUCUCAACAUCAAAUCCACUAACAUAUUAUUAGAUGAAAAUUAUGAGGCCAAGUUGUCUGAUUAUGGGUUGGGGAGGUUGCUUCCCAUUUUGGACAAUUAUGGUUUAACCAAAUUCCACAAUGCAGUAGGGUAUGUUGCACCAGAGUUGGCUCAGAGUCUAAGAUCGAGUGAUAAAUGUGAUGUGUAUAGUUUUGGAGUAAUUCUUUUGGAGCUGGUAACCGGGAGAAAACCAGUGGAGAGUCCAACAGCAAAUGAGGUGGUGGUUCUGUGUGAAUAUGUUCGUGGAUUGCUGGAGACUGGCUCUGCUUCAGAUUGCUUUGAUAGAAGCUUGCGAGGUUUUUCAGAGAAUGAGUUGAUUCAAGUCAUGAAGCUAGGAUUGAUUUGUACAUCUGAGGUUCCUUCAAGAAGACCAAGCAUGGCUGAGGUUGUUCAGGUCCUUGAGUCCAUAAGGUUGGAGUAGAAUCAUCGUAGUGUUCGAAGUGCAAUUCAGAGCUUUCUUGAACAACCUCAGAGUUUAAUUAAAUAUGUACUUUCAAUAAAUAAAAAAGUGGUAGUCUAGCUGGAAAAUGGUGUGCUUAGUUGUGCAGAGACAAGAGGGUUGCAUAUUAGGGGGGGGG